CGUGAUUAAGAGUUAAGACGGCCGCCAACCCGCCUUUGAUGCGCAUCAAACCUGUUGGCCAUGGCGGACGCCGUCUCAUAUUGCUCUGCCCUUGCCAAGUAUUCAUGUUUACAGUAAGCGAUAGACUUCUGAAAUUCAAGCAGAAACUUAGCUUUCCCUGGAGGAUAGCCUGAACGCAUAUAAUGUAUAUUACAAGACCUCUUUCUCUAUUCAAGAGAGACCCUUCAGCUUCGGGGCUACUGCCGCCGGAGGGUCCUCACUCAGGUUACCUCGUCCUCCGGGACCAAGUUGAUGAGCUAGGGGAGAGGGGCACGGAAACGUGUUGCUUUGGCUUCUGCGAGGACGACGACGUUACUGCUCUGCCCUUCCCUCAAGACAAGCUGCUGGCCGUGAAAUAUGCCCAGAGCACGGGAGAGACGAAAACCUACUACGAUGACAAUGCUUUCUUCCUCCCCGUUCUUGGGCAGCCCUUAUCAUCCAACCUCUAUUAUGUUGUUAAAGCAGACGGCCGAAAAACAAAAGGGUUGGUCUACGCAUGUUCCACGGAAGAGAACAUGAGCGCAUGCUGCUUCUGCAAAUGCGUGGAAGACGUGAAGCCCACGCGCCUCAACCCCAACAACGUCUACCAGCAGAUGAAGAUAAUCAGCCGCCGUCGUGGAUUCGCGACCGAAUCUGUUGCACCUAAUGGCUUCCCACCUGAGUUUUUACGCCGAAAAGGAUGGAGAGUAUCUGCAUCUGCGCUGCCGGGCGACCUGAAGUUAAUGGAAGCUGAUGGCUUGAACGCCUCACUCAGAUUAAGACUGCCGGAUUUUGACUUCCAGAUAUCGCAGAAGGGAUCCAACAUCGUGACAGUGGGAGAAUGGUACUGCCCAUUCGUGUUCAUUGAAGAGAUCGGUGGGGGUCUGGCAAUUGUCAAGGAUCAGAUGAAAGCGAGUGUGUAUUACAAAAUAACUCUUGAGCAGCAGUGGGUUGAGAUUUUUAAAGCAGGAAGGAAGGAAAAUGAGACUACGGUUGCAGUUAACACGAGCAUCUGCAGGGAAGAGGCUCUGCUUGGUGGGGUGGAGGCCAUUGUGGACGAGGAGAGGAGAAAAGAAGAUGGUAUGGUAUUGAUGAGGGGUAGAAACAGUGUGGGAGGCUUGACUGGGAUUGGAUUGAGCACAGUGGUCCUGGAGAAGAUGAGAAAUGAGCAGAUGAUGAGAGAGGGGGUGGAGAAGGAAGUGAGGGUGGUGAGAGAUUUUGACUGUGAGCAGAGUGAUCAGUGGAAUGAGUUUGGAUGUUAUGUUCUAUCAGAGAGGUAUAUGUUGAAGAAGGCUGAUGGCAGUGUGGUGUUCACUUGCUGUUUCAAGCAUCCCCAUCAAAUUCGGCCAAAGUGGGAGUGAGUUUGUCAUGUUUUUUUAGCGAUGUGCGCUUGAUUUGGCUGCCAAGGUGGUGCUAAGACAAAGUUGUGUUUAGAAGACUAGAAUCUUUGAAAACUUCAUUGAUGUCUAAAUUGAAGAGGACAAUGAAUGAACAGAAGUUGCAGUGAAUGUGCAGAAGAGACACAAUUGAAGGAGUCCUUCUAGUAAAGGAACCAGCAUAAAUGUGUUCAUUUCUCCACCGGCUUGAGGCAAGGUAGCGCAUUAAAUAAAGAUGUUCGGUAAACAUGAAUAUUUAAGAGCAGACAGGUUUAUAGUGAAGCACAAAAAGUAUGGGCAGUUUGUAAGAUUCGAAGACUAACUAGCUAAACUACUGUAUAUGUGGUGAACAAUGUAUCAUUCUAUUUCUGAAUUGAUAAUAAAGUCCAUGGAGUGAUAAAAGAUCGUUGAA